UCGCAACUCUGUGCUCGGCGCUGUUAUUUCAUACACAUUCGUGAGGAUUUAACCGUCUGCGUACCCUCUGAAUUCUCCGGGAUAUAUGGACAUGCAUAUGCUCGUUAAACUGGUUUUCAUAAUGGCAGCUUAUCAGCGUAAUAUUGCCAGAGCAAGCGAUGACUGUGUAACCCCAGAUUCAAUCCCCAACACAGUACCUUUGCAAGACAAACCAUGUAACAUCAGUGGGCGUAUUCACGUUAAAUGUGUAGAGGGCUAUGUAAGGAAAGCAGGGACAUCCAGCCUGUUUCGAUGCAUGGAAAAAGGUGGCAACAAAUCCUGGUGCUCUGUCCUUCCCCUAAAGUGCAUACCUGAUCCCAGAAAUCCACGUGUGUCCUCAACAAAGACCCCAUUCUCUCCUCAACAUUUCACAUCAUCCACCACAGAAAGAGCUGCAAGAAGUAAUACCACAGUUCAUGGCACAAGCACAGCAACCACAGCAACAGGACAUAUAGCUGUGACAACAACAAAUGAAGUUGUCACAAGCAAAACAAGAAGGACUACCACCAGCCUGCCAACUCUGACGUGCACAACAAAAGUGGUGAAGUCUACUACAACAACCAAUGAGAUUACAACUUCAACAUCCAGCAGCUUCACGAGCAGAGAAUAUAUGACAGCAAAAACAUCAUCAAAUAUCCCGUCAGGCUCUUUCACUACAACAACAGAACCCAAAAAGGAGACAUUUAGCAGAAUGUUCAUGCUGCUUUUUUCCAUACAGUUUGUAAUGACCAAUAGCUGGCAAGCUUUUAAUUUACUUAUACAUAUUCAAACUUCAUACAUCAAAACAAGCUUGAAAAAGUCAUUUAAAAAAACAAAAACAUAAUUGAUAAAUGAUGACAGAAUUUCAAUAAUCUUCAUUAAGCUAAAGCUAUGUUUACUGUUGAUACAUGUGUUCUAACACUUCACUAAACUUUUAAACCCCUUUCUGCGUAUGAAAAAAUCAGUGUAAUACCUAAAUCUUUUUUACCAACCAUCACACCAACCAUUUGAACAAACAUUACUCCUUUAAACUCAGUACAGAUUGCACUUCAUUCAGAAAAAUUGCCUGGCACAAUUUGUGCUGUACUAUUACCACUAGGGGAGCCCCACUAAAAGUCAACUAAAAAAUUGUCGACUAGUAGAGGCUUAGUUAAUUAAAAUUUUAUCAGUCGAUUUGUCGCAGAAAAAAAUCCCUGUGUCCAUUAUGGACAGAUUGUUAAGGCUGGUCCUUGGGGUAAUUACAGUAUAUCGGGCAGAUGAUGUCCAAAAGUGCACCUAUCAUUCAUCGGCCUCAAAUAUGGCUACUUAUGGCUACGUAUAGGCUACUUACCUCACAGACAUGAGAAAUGUAUCUACGGAAAGCUUGAAAUGUCUAUUUUGAAAUGAACCAAUUCAUGUCAAAACAAAUACUCUAUGAUUAUGUAAUCCAUAUGAACGUUGUAUUUCUCUCUGAAGAUGUGUCCACUUUACAGCAGAGAGGAUGGCGAGUCAGCAUCCAACUGUGAAAACACUACUUUAUUCAUAAAUUAUUCAAUAUCUCCUUGAUAUUUUUUUCCUAACACAUCGUCUUUUCUUUUGCCGGUGCUUUGCUGCAAGCUUAACAUAUAGCUUUAUAAGCUAUAUAUUAAAGCCCCAUUAUGGUUUGGUUCCCAAUCCCCCAGUAUAUAUUUAAUUCAGUUAAUAUAAACUUUGGAUUAGUUUAUUAUUAUUGCACAUUUAGUUGACUACUAGUCAGCUAGGAAAAUCUUUUGUCAGGUGAAGCCCUAAUCACUAUCAGUUGAAACAAGGUGGGAAAUCAAGGAAAACAAUGUGUUUGAGUGUACUUUCCAGCAAUCGUGGCAAAGAUAUUGGCAUCUCGAACUCCAACUUCGAACUUGAACUUGAAUAUCAUUGUUUCAGUUCAAAUAGACUGGAAUUAUUAUUAUUUUUUUAUGUAUGUUUGUCAAUUUUUCCGUGAUUUACGUAAUUCCUUUGGUGAAUUGGGUACCAUGAAUUCAGCACAGUUAAAACAUACAAAACACACUUUUAGUGACCGCAGUUAAUUUUUUGUAAAUCUGCUGUUCAAUAUGAAUUAAGAGUUCAAAUAAAACCUAUUUAGUGCAUUACAUGCUAUAUUUCUGAAGUUAAAUUCUGAAUGUUAAUUAAAAUGAUGACUGAAUAUGACAUGGGAUUUGAGUUUGGAGUCACUUACUAUCUUACAUUACACCAAAGAGUCUUUGUUAUAUUGAGACGAAACGACAGGAUGCAAACCAUGACAACAGGACGACUUUGAAAAGAUCUUCCUGUUGUGUUCAAAAAUGUGGGUGAUACCUUCACAACUACAUAUGACGAAACCCGCGAUGUGUAUAACUAACCACAUAUGAUGAACAUGAAACUAACAUUGUUUGAGAUCCCAUGCCAUGUUGUGUGCAGAUCUUGGUAUGCAAAGUUAUAGGUUACCCAAAGAAAGUUUUUGUUAAUUCUUUUGAAGAAAUGCAAAAUUAGUUACAAACCCAAUUCCAAAAAAGUUGGGACACUGUACAAAUUGUGAAUAAAAACAGAAUGCAAUGA